UAGAAGUAACUAUGGGAGAAACAAAACAUGCGUACCUCAAGCAUUCUCACCUUAUCUUAACAUCCCAUUUUCGUGUUUACGAUACAUUUUGCCUCAAUGGAAAAUCUUUCUUUCAUGAUUAUGUUUGCAUGCAUACUUGUUCCCUCUAUCAUAGCUAAUGAUUCAAUCAACGUGCUCCAAUCCAUGAGUGAUGGUGAGACCUUGGUGUCGAAAGGUGAAAUUUAUGAACUUGGGUUUUUCAGCCCAGGUAGAUCCCAGAAACGUUACCUAGGCAUAUGGUACAAGAAUAUCCCAAUGCAAACAGUUGUUUGGGUUGCAAAUAGGGAAAACCCUAUCAAUGAUUCCUCAGGCAUCUUAACAGUGAACUCCACAGGCAAUCUUGUUCUCACCCAAAAUGGGUCUCUUGUUUGGUACACCAACCCUCACCAACAAGCACUGAAUCCAGUGGUGGAGCUCUUAGACAGUGGCAAUCUUGUGAUAAGAAAUGAGGCAGAAACAGACCCAAAAGCGUUCUUGUGGCAAAGCUUUGAACAUCCAUCUGAUACGUUUUUAGCAGGGAUGAAGUUGGGAUGGGACCUCAAAACUGAUCAGGAACGGAAACUAACAUCUUGGAAGAGUCCAGAUGAUCCAUCACCAGGAGACGUUUCUAGGGUUUUAAAACUCUAUAACUAUCCUGAGUUUUAUAUAGUGAGAGGAGAACAAAAGUUGUUCAGAUUUGGUCCUUGGAAUGGCCUAUAUUUUAGUGGAGUACCAGAUCUAAAUAUUACCAUUUAUGGCUUGAAUUUUGUCAGAAAUAUAGAUGAGAUUUACUUCACGUAUAGUAUUCCAAAUACUUCUUUCAUCUCAAGAAGUGUAGUAAACCAAACAGGUAUUAUUUAUCGCUAUACAUGGGUGGAAGAAUAUAAAAAUUGGAUAUAUAGAACCUUGCCAGGAGAGUUUUGUGAUAAUUAUGGCUUUUGUGGACCCUAUGGGAAUUGCCUAAAAUCACAAGCUUGCCAAUGUUUAAAAGGUUUUAGUCCAAAGUCACAAGAAGCAUGGAACUCGUCGAAUUGGAGUCGAGGAUGUGUCCGCAAUACACCGUUAAGCUGCAAAGACAAACUCAAAGAUGGAUUUGUCAAAUUUGAAGGCCUCAAAGUUCCAGACACUACACAUACUUUGUUGGAUGAGAGUAUUGGUCUUAAGGAAUGCAAAGACAAGUGCUUGAAUAAUUGUUCUUGUAUGGCCUAUACUAAUUCAGACAUAAGAGAUGGUGGUAGUGGUUGUGUCAUAUGGUUCGGAGAUCUCAUUGACUUGAAACAACAAACUGUUGGGCAAGAUUUAUAUGUGAGGAUGCCUGCUUCAGAAUUAGUCGGUUCCAAUCCACCAGAACCUGUAUACAGACACAAAAGGAAUACACCAAAAAUAGUUGCUUCCACUGUUGCUGCAAUUUGUGGUGUUCUGUUACUAAGUUCAUAUUUUAUCUACAGCAUCCGGAGGAAGUACGCUGAGAAAAACAAGAGUCAGAAGGAUGACAUUAAUUUACCAACAUUUGAUUUUUCAUCCAUAUCCAGGGCCACAAAUCACUUUUCACAGAAUAACAAAUUGGGACAAGGUGGCUUUGGAGUUGUGUACAAGGGCAUGUUGCCAAAUGGGCAAGAGAUUGCAGUUAAAAGGCUUUCUAAAACUUCCAUACAAGGCUUGGACGAGUUCAAAAAUGAAGCCAUGUUGAUUGCAAAGCUUCAACAUCGCAAUCUUGUGAAGCUUUUUGGUUGUUCUAUUCAACAAGAUGAAAAGUUAUUGAUUUAUGAAUUCAUGCCUAAUAGAAGUUUGGACUACAUUAUUUUCGAUUCAACAAGACGUGCCUUGUUAGAUUGGGCUAAGAGAUUUGAUAUUAUUAAUGGAAUUGCUCGAGGACUUCUCUAUCUUCAUCACGACUCUAGACUAAAGAUCAUUCAUAGGGAUCUUAAAACUAGUAAUGUUCUUCUUGAUAGUAAUAUGAAUCCAAAAAUAUCAGAUUUUGGUAUGGCUAGAAUAUUUGCUCUAAAUCAAGAUGAAGCAGACACAAAUAAAGUAGUUGGGACAUACGGUUAUAUGCCUCCUGAAUAUGCUGCACAUGGAUCUUUCUCGACCAAAUCUGAUGUCUUCAGUUUUGGUGUGAUUGUGUUGGAGAUAAUAAGUGGGAGAAAGAAUAGGAGAUCUUAUGACUCACAGCAUAACCUAAAUCUUCUGGGGCAUGCAUGGAGACUAUGGAUUGAAAACAGGCCAAUGGAACUUGUGGAUGACUUAGUGGAUGAUUUAGCCGGUCAAUUUGAAAUAAUAAGAUAUAUUCACAUUGGUUUGUUAUGCGUACAACAGAGACCACAAGAUAGACCAGAGAUGUCAUCAGUAAUUCUUAUGUUGAAUGGUGAAAAGUUAUUACCCGAACCAAGCCAACCUGGGUUCUACACAGGAAAAGAUUAUUCAAACACGACACCUUCUUCAAGAAAUAUUGAUUCGUAUACCCUCAAUGAAAUCUCUGACACAAUGUUGGAGGGAAGAUAAAUAAAAUACUAUGAAAACUGAAACUAUUUGAUAAUGCUUUAACUUUUUUGUUUUUUUUUAAUCAUAUCAUGCAACUGUUUCUCCUCAGUUUAUAAACAAGAGAAUUGGUUUCAUGCAUUUAGUUAUUGUAACAUUAAUUGCUACAUGGGAAAGAUAUGGGAUUUACCUUUUUACCAUUAAUAAUAUAUGUCUAUUUCUUCCUGUGUA